ACAAAUACAGCAUAGACAUCUCCUUCACGUCCUGUCUGCACGUUCGUUGUCGCCCAUGAUCCAUAUGUACCCUUCUGUGGAAGACCUUCUCUUCCAUUUACGAAACAACUAUGAUGUUAUGCUGCUUGUUAUUGCUGUCUUUUCAAUAACAAUCACAUAUCUUCUCUCUACACCUCGGAGGAGAAUCCACAUAAGAAAUGGAGAAUCAGAUGCUGCAGCACCAGGAGGAAGCGGCAGCCGCGAUAUCCCUGGCCGCCUCGGAGUACCUUUUAUAGGUGAAACCUUUUCGUUUCUUAAGGCAACUAACAGUACAAAAGGAUGCUAUGAUUUCGUAAGGCUCCGGCGAUCCUGGUACGGGAAGUGCUUCAAGACCAGGAUAUUCGGGAAGAUCCAUGUAUUUGUUCCCAGUCCAGAGGCUGCAAAACAGAUAUUCACAAAUGAUUUCGUAGAUUUCAACAAAGGAUAUGUUAAAUCAAUGGCAGAUGCCGUUGGAGAGAAGAGCUUGCUCUGCGUACCCCACGAUAGCCAUAAAAGAAUUAGGAGACUUCUUGCUGAUCCUUUCUCAAUGCCUUCACUUUCUAAGUUUGUUCAGAAAUUCGACCAAAUACUUACUCAGAAGCUCAAGAAAUUACAUGAAAGUGGUGAAACAUUUUCCGUUCUUCAGUUUAGCAUGAAGAUGAUAUUUGAUGCAAUGUGCAACAUGUUAAUGAGUAUCACAGAGGAUUCCUUUCUAAGGACGCUAGAAAAAGACUGCACUGCUGUUUCAGACGCCAUGUUGUCCUUUCCUCUAAUGAUUCCUGGCACCAGAUACUAUAAAGGCAUUAAGGCACGUCAGAGGCUUAUGGCAAUCUUCAAAAAGAUGAUUGCAGAUAGAAGAUGUGGAAAGGAGACUCAUGAUGAUUUCUUGCAGUCCAUGUUACAGAGAGACUCAUAUCCAUCCAGUGAAAAGCUCGACGACUCGGAACUCAUGGAUAACUUAUUAACGUUGAUAAUUGCAGGGCAGACCACCACUGCAGCUGCUAUGAUGUGGAGUGUCAAGUACCUGGAUGAGAAUACACAGGCCCAGGCCACUCUCAGGGAAGAGCAAAUAUCCAUAGCCAAACAUAAGCAAGAUGGAGCCCCUCUUACCCUUGAAGAUCUUAACAAAAUGUCCUAUGGCUUAAAGGUUGUCAAAGAAACAUUGAGAAUGUCAAAUGUCCUUUUGUGGUUCCCUCGAGUUGUACUAAACGACUGCGUAAUUGAUGGUUUUCAGAUACACAAAGGAUGGCAUGUAAAUAUUGAUGCAACAUGUAUGCAUUUCGACCCAGCAUUGUACAAGGAUCCUAUGCAAUUCGAACCUUCAAGAUUUGAUGAAAUGCGAAAACCAUACAGUUUUAUACCAUUUGGAUCAGGACCAAGGACUUGUCUAGGAAUGAAUAUGGCCAAACUCACCCUGUUGGUGUUUCUGCAUCGUCUAACCAGUGGGUACAGGUGGACAAUUCAAGAUCAUGAUCCCAGCCUAGAAAAGAAGGCUCAUAUUCCUAGACUGAGGAGUGGGUGUCCCAUAACAUUGGAAGCCUUAAAUGAUGGAAAAUAAAUAAGAUUUGUGAGUUUCCUCUCAGGCAGCAAUCCUUUUGGAAAACUUGAAGCCAAAAGGGAAAGUGAAAUAAGCAUCCUGAUUAUAAUAAAUUACCGUUCUUCCAUCA